CAACCAUGCGACUUCUCACUCUUUCCCCCUCAGUUCUUCCACCAACCAUUCCCUGUAUCCUCCAACAUCCUGUGAACACCUCUCGAGACUAUCGAACGAGCAUCGAUGCCACCUCCCGGCUCUUCUCGACGGGUUGCAGCUGGACCGGCCCGAUAAUUGGCUCGAGAUGUCUCUUCAGUUUCUCGGCUAUGGCCAUUGAUGCAUCCCAUGCCUUUAUCCACCGCCGUCUGGUCCAAUUGUGGACAACUGACAACGUACCGAUGCUCAAUCCGUGAAUGUGGUCGUGACAUGGCUGUGCCGCUGAGCAAUCUUCCCUCCAGGUUUCAACGGAGCGCCAAUGUUGUCGUUCACGGCGCUUCCAAGGGGAGUCUUCUGUUCUACUCCUCAUCUUCUUACCCGUCGAUAUUUCCCAUGAACAAACACUCUUCCUGAUUGACACCUCAUCGUCGCUGGAGUUGCUGGUCGCUACCGGUUGUCUCUACUUUCGCUCCUUACCUUCGUCGUUUUUCUGCGUCCGACCGUUGAUCGGCGACGCUCUAACAAGUUUUUUAAUUACCAUUACCACCUCGCUACACGCUAUCGGGCUGGCCCUCGAUGAACACUUGACGCUAACACCAGCUAUCAAACCAAACUAAUAUCUUAUGAAGGCUGGCCCUCCGAAAGCAUGAGCGUUUUACCAUCAACAACUUACCAAUCCCCGCCUCGGCUGGCCCGUGGACGACAGCUUAAUACUAUUGUCGAAGAAAAGGAAGAUGGAAGUCAAGGGGUCAAAAGUGAUAGCGAAGGAGAUGGAAGUGAUUCAACCGUCAUCGGUCGUCCUGCGGCCUGGAACUCCCAGCUCUUCACUGUUGCUCCUCGGAAGAGCUCUCUCGCCACGACCACAUACGCCGCUUCCCCGGUCUCCUCCUGUGAACCAUCUCCAGCCAGUAGCGCUAGCGAUGGAUUCCCACGCAACUCAGUAAGAACUUCUUACUCCGAUAGCGAAGCUGGCACGGUAUUCAGUGAUGAUUGUCCAUCUCUUGCCAGCGACCCCACGACAUUCGCCUCUGAAUCUAGCAGGAGCAGUUGUGCGAGCAACAGGUCAAGUCGAAACAGAUAUCCCGCUUUGAUCAUUCCUCGCGAUUCCUGGGGUACGGUGGACAGUAGUCCGAUCAAAGAAAUAGCCUAUGGCAUGUCACCGGCCACGAAAAUUCGCCUCUCGCCAACAACACUGUCAGCACUUCCAAGAUCCGUGCCUGCCGCAAAUGCACCACCUUCUUUGGGCGACAGCAAUAGUACCGCAUCCGAGUCGCCCUGCGUUCAAGGCACAAGCGCUCCGGUGACUCCUGACAUGAAGCAGCUUGAAGUUGCACAAGGUUCGAACUGGGGUGGUGUCUCACCAAGUGCGGCACCUCCAGUCGAGGCACAGCAUCUCGAGAUUGCACUCGACGAUGGCCACAGUGUAAUCUUGUCGCCAGCAGAGGCCCACUCCAACCACUCGUUUUCCAAUAUACUCUCUCCUACAGCGACAACAGCCUGGACUGACAUGGUGGUCAGCUUCCCUCAAGUGCCUGGUGCCACGCCACAGGACAUGUCACCCUUGAUGCCCACCAUUGAUGAGUUGAAGACAUUCGAGGAAGUCAAACCACGAUCCAACGGGUCGGACCCGGGUGUCCGUCUGCCUCCGGAUGCUCUGCAGAUUCUUCGGCGUUUGGCGGGUGACAGGAGCGUGGACAACCUCUCAACCUCGUCAGGUUCAGGCUCGGGCUCGGGCUCGUCAAAGAGGACCGGGAGACGUCAGGAAAUGCGUGAGCUGUUGGACCCUCACCUUAUAAACAGACCACGCAGCGCGGAUGGGGAGACUCCGAUAUCCGACUACAGCUUUACGCAACUCAGUAUCCCGUCUCCUGGAGGAUUUUUCUCGUCCUUGCAGAGUGGAUCUCGUCAUACUUGGUACCUAAAUAGGUCCAGAGGUCCAAGUAUGCCAAAUACUGCCACCGCCGAAACGUUCUACAAUCGACCUUGGGAAAAUACAAGCUCAAGUAACGUGGUAGAAACUGUUCUCGCUGUCGAUGACACGAACUUGACCGAAGGUCCACCCACCGCACGACAGGCACUUUUUGAUCUUGAUACUAGCACUAGACAAAAAGCAAAAAGUCAACAGACUGAAGACGACGAUCUCUACGGUCCUGGCGAUGAUACCAAACCACCAUCACCAGUCCCAAGGAAGGUCAGCUUCGAGUAUGACGAGAAAUACUUUGACGAGCUCAAACACAAUGCAAGCCGUAACCUAGACCUUACGGGUUCAUGGCUUGCUGCUCAAACCGGGUAUUUAUCCGCAAUACUCGAUUCAGACCCAAAUGUCAAUCAGGACGAGAAGGAGGUUGACGAACAAGAUAAGGCCAAGACUGACCUCGCGGCGACGACACGUCGUCGUACAGUAAUGUUCUCGGACGAUGUCAACACCGAAACAGCUGUGGUUGCUAAGAAACAAGCAGAACUAGACACGAAGGAAGUAGUGUUUUUGAACGCUUUCCGCUACAUGCUCAGCAAUCGCAAACGACGUGAUGCGUUCAUUCAUGCCAGUUCGCGGCUCGAAGCGAUACAAGCGUUCCGUGUGGCUUUGCCAGAGCAACACGUCACGAAUUUGUUGGGCCAACAUAUUCUCCUGGAGCACAAAAGACCAAAGUAUGCGGGACCGUUCAGCCAGAACCCUCGAGCUACAGGCAUAUUUGAGCAGACGUCUGAGCAGAUGGCCUUCAAAUUUGCCGAGCGCGAACAACUUGCCCUUGCAUCCAUUGAACCAUCCAAUUGGCAGAUUGAUGCCUUGAGGACCAUGUACGGCGGACGUCUCCUGGCCUCUGAAGCGGCAUGUCAACGACUCAGGAUGAAGUCUACCAUCCCACUUGAUGAUCCCAUGUGCGUCGGCAGUAGGCGGAUUCGCAUUCUCGACAUUGGUGGUACAUCGUGUGCAUCUUGGGCAUGGAAUGCGGCGCUUCAAUGGCCAAAUGUCAAGAUCUACACAGUCAUCACCAAGGAGCAAUCUCAAGCGCAGAGACCACCAGGAAAACCAAAACCUGAAGCACCCAAGAACCACCGGACUGUUUCGGUACCCCAUCUUUGGCAGUUACCUUUCCGCAGUGGUCAUUUUGAUGUGAUCUCGGCAAGAUCACUCCACGUUCUGCUGAAACAUAACCCCGUGCCAGGCGUCCCUGAGAUUGACGAAUGGGAUCUGGCACUGCGCGAAUGUCACCGAGUGUUGAAGCCAGGCGGGUUUAUUGACUACAUGAUCAUGGACUCGACAAUCGCUCACGCCGGACCUCGAGGUGAUGCCAUGUCUGUCGAAUUUGGCUUCGAAUUGCACCGCCGAGGGUAUGAGCGUGAAGCGGCCCGAAGUUGGUUACGCCGACUGAAAAAGGAAGGCUUCACAGGAGUCAAGAGGGCGUGGGUGUUUAUGCCCAUGGGACGGAAACCUCCGAAAGAAGUCGAAGAGAGUGCCCACGGUUACAUGGGCGGAUGGCACUCGUGGCGUCAAGGGGCCAAACCUUUUGUUCCGGCACCGCGACCGAUCAGCGAGGUCUCAACCAUCAGCAAGAUCGUCAAGCAGUACAUGGACGUGGAAGCCGUCCAAGGACCGGUCGGGAGUACAGAAGACGUGGCGGACUUGACUGGACUGCUCGGUGCCAGGAUGUGGGAAGAGUGGCUGGUCAAGGUCCGAGCCGAGUCUGGCAGGGAACAGGCACGUUGGCUCGAGGGUGUCGACGAGAUGAUCGAAGAAGGUAAGGAACUUGGGUCAGGUUGGAAAGUCCUGAUCGGUUGGGCGAGGAAGCCGAAGCCUCCAAAGGGGAAGGGGAAGGCCGAACGUGCCGAGAUCACGGUGGCGGUGGAGGAUCUAGAAGAAUUGAGUCCAACUUCUGAAGAGUGCACAGAGAUGGGGAUGAUUCCAAUGUUCAUUCAAGAGUGAUGAUGUGAUACGAAUCUUGAUUACGAGGUCUGUUGUUGUUGUUGUUGUUGUUGUUGUUGUAGCAGCAUGGCGAAACGGGAGUUUAUUCAGACUUGGACUGGAUGAGUGGGUGGGUAGGUACGGAGUACAUGGGUCGGUUUUGGGAACCGGUAAUGGAUGAAACACAUUGUAGAUGGGGGACAUACAUUCACUUUUUUUCCUUUUUGGUUAUUUUCCUUUUUAAUCUUUGUUGAUCAGUCAGUACAUAGGUAGGAUCUGGAGUCAGUGGUGAUGGUGCAAGACAGACAGAAAUAACAGUAUGUAGGUAGUUCAGUGUUUUGGCAUGACAAUGGCGUUUUCGAGUA